AUGAGUGUUAAUACGAACAAAGGUAAAGAUGACAAUCAUGCAAGAAGUAACCCGGAAACAACAGAAAAAGAACAAGAGACACCGAAAGGGGUGGCAUCGCCUCGGGUGGGAGUUGCACACACUAGUCAUUCACAAACACCAAGCAUACUACAGUCACCUUAUAGGGGAGGUUCAGCAAUACCACAACAUCCUUCAACACAGCCAAUUCAAUCUCAAAAGACUACUUCUAUUCCCUCAUUAUCUGCAUUGAAUGAAUCUAUUCAGAGACCCCACUCUGCCUCAACUGCACCUUCCUCGCCGCAAAGGACAAUAAGUGAUCCUGGUUUAUUGACGUUAUUGGGUCCCAAUGUGAGUUCAUUUCCCUUUAGUGAAUUGGCAUUCAUUGAAGCGAUGAAGUUGAGAACAGAACAGGAACGUACAAAGCAAGAGUUUUACCGAGCUGAAAGUGCAAACAAGACUUUAAGUAUUAUCCAGUUGGCAUUGCAAGCUCAAGUCCCGCCUAAUCAAAUUCCACAGUUACUAGCUGGUGGAGUACCCGGAAGCGCCGAUGACACUAAAUCAAAAGAAUUGAAUGUACGACUGUCGUAUCAAUUUCCGUUAUCACAUCAGUCCCCACCAUACUCUCAACCUGCUCGUUGGGUAACCCCCCAAUUGGCACAGCCACGACUUCUGCUGGAGCAACAAAUUCAAAUGAUACAAGCUCAGCAGAGACAAAUACAAUUCAAUCUUCAACAGCAACAGCAUCAGCAACAGCAACAGAUACAUUUGCAACAUGUUUCACAAGUAAUGCCCAACGUAAAUCCACAAAUUCCACAAAAGCGUGCCUCUAGUACUGAUCAAGACAUCACUGCAAGUCCUAUGCAACCAAAGGGUUUCAAGUUUGGAGGAAAUAUAGCAUCAAGCACAUCACAGGAGCGACCGCAGUCUCCGGCAAAAAUUGGAGCCACGGCUGUGGCAAACUUGAAUGCACCAACAACUCCAUUUCGCGUACCUAGAUCUACCUCGUCAUCUACUGGAAGAAGGACUAGAGGACACCAAAGAUAUAAUUCAAUGCCCGUACUGGCAAGCACAAGUGAGGGCACCCUGAGCACAAAGACAAGAAGUCUACGACAUGAUACCUUAGCUUCUGAAAAGCCUUCUCCGUUUUUGCAAUCUCCUUCAGGAGCCAGAUCGACACUUCAGGUGAACCCAAUACCAGCCCAGCCUUUGAAUGAACAAAAGAAACAGCAAGCGCAGCCGCUGCAGGAAUCAAUGCAGUCAUUUCAGCACGUCAUCCAAUUUCACCAUUGGCAACCCGAAUUAGGUUCCGCUUCAAGCUCCAUCAAUAGGUCACCGAGUCACAAACGUCAUAAAUCUAUGACUAGAGAAGAUAUAUCUUCCGCCUACCGUGAACCUGAAUCAAGUGAAAAGGGUGUUAAAAGUGAGUUUACAGCAGGUCAAAACUACGCCACGGAAAAGUCAUACACAAAAGAGAGGGAAAUCAUUGCUGAUGAGGAAGACGACGCAGAUCUGUCAGUAGAAACAAGUAUGGUAGAGGCCGCAACAAAAAAGGACGAACUGGCACAUCCACCAUCUCGAGGGCAUUCUCGACAAGAGCUGAAUAUAGGUAGGUAUCCUCAUGACAUAUUAUCUGCCAACCAUUAA